AUGGUCAAGGUGUCUGCGACAUCUUCAAUAUGCUUAAUUCGAGAUGGCCUUGAACUCGAACCAUCGACAGCUUCACCUUUCGGACUUAAGCAGACAUCAGCCGUGGCUAAUACUUGUGUGCCAUGCAGUUUCACCAUUCAAGAGGUGCGCGCCUUGAUGGACAAGCCUACGAACGUUCGUAACAUGUCCGUCAUUGCCCACGUCGAUCACGGAAAGUCCACCCUCACCGAUUCCCUCCUCGCCAAGGCCGGUAUUAUCUCCGCAGGAAAGGCUGGUGAUGCGAGAGCCACCGAUACUCGCAAGGACGAGCAGGAGCGUGGUAUUACCAUCAAGUCGACUGCCAUCUCCCUGUAUGGACAUCUCGACAGCGAGGAUGAUAUCAAGGACAUCGUUGGCCAGAAGACCGAAGGCAACGAUUUCUUGAUCAACUUGAUCGAUUCACCCGGUCACGUCGAUUUCUCUUCCGAGGUCACCGCUGCUCUCCGUGUCACUGAUGGUGCUCUUGUCGUUGUCGACACCAUUGAAGGUGUGUGUGUGCAAACCGAGACUGUGCUCCGUCAAGCUCUUGGUGAGCGUAUCAAGCCUGUUGUCGUCAUCAACAAGGUCGAUCGUGCUCUCCUUGAAUUGCAAGUCUCAAAGGAGGAUCUGUACCAGACCUUCUCGAGAACUAUCGAGUCCGUCAACGUCGUCAUCUCCACCUAUUUCGACAAGACCCUCGGUGAUGUCCAGGUCUACCCAUACAAUGGAACCGUUGCCUUUGGUUCCGGUCUUCACGGCUGGGCUUUCACAAUCAGACAGUUCGCUAUGAGAUACGCCAAGAAAUUUGGUGUUGACAGGAAUAAGAUGAUGGAGCGUCUUUGGGGCGACAACUACUUCAACCCUCAUACCAAGAAGUGGACCAACAAGGGCACUCACGAGGGCAAGCAAUUGGAGCGUGCCUUCAACCAGUUCAUCCUCGACCCAAUUUUCAAGAUCUUCGAGGCUAUCAUGAACUUCAAAAAGGAUGAGACAAAGACUCUGCUUGAGAAGCUUAGCAUCAAGCUUGCGGUAGAAGACAGGGAAAAGGAGGGCAAGCCACUCCUCAAGGUUGUCAUGCGGACUUUCCUUCCUGCUGCCGAUGCUCUUUUGGAGAUGAUGAUUUUGCAUUUGCCAUCGCCAGUCACCGCCCAAAAGUACCGUGCCGAGACCCUCUAUGAAGGUCCUCCUGAUGAUGAGGCUUGCAUUGGUAUCCGAGACUGUGACCCCAAGGCUCCUCUCAUGUUGUACGUCUCAAAGAUGGUGCCGACCUCUGAUAAGGGUCGUUUCUACGCCUUUGGUCGUGUCUUCGCUGGUACCGUCCGCUCUGGUCUUAAGGUCCGCAUCCAGGGUCCCAACUACACCCCUGGCAAGAAGGAGGAUCUCUUCAUUAAGGCUGUCCAGCGUACCGUUCUUAUGAUGGGUGGAAAGGUUGAUCCUAUUGAUGAUGUCCCAGCUGGUAACAUUCUUGGAUUGGUCGGUAUUGAUCAGUUCUUGUUGAAGUCUGGAACUCUCACCACCUCAGACACUGCCCACAACUUGAAGGUCAUGAAGUUUUCCGUCUCCCCCGUCGUGCGACGAUCCGUCGAGGUUAAGAACGCCCAGGAUCUGCCUAAGCUUGUCGAAGGUCUCAAGCGUCUUUCAAAAUCCGAUCCUUGUGUCCUUGUUCUGAUCUCCGAAUCCGGUGAGCACGUUGUCGCUGGUGCCGGUGAGUUGCAUUUGGAGAUUUGCUUGAAGGAUCUUGAGGAAGACCACGCUGGUGUUCCCCUCCGUAUCUCCGACCCUGUCGUCCAAUACCGUGAGACCGUCACUGCCAAGUCCAGCAUGACUGCUCUUUCCAAGUCGCCCAACAAGCACAACCGUCUGUACAUGAUUGCUGAGCCUUUGGACGAGGAAGUCUCCAAGGAAAUCGAAGCUGGCCGAAUCUCUCCUCGUGACGAUUUCAAGGCUCGUGCCCGUAUCCUUGCUGAUGACUUCGGCUGGGAUGUGACCGAUGCCCGUAAGAUUUGGUGUUUCGGUCCCGAUACCAACGGUGCCAACUUGUUGGUUGACCAGACCAAGGCCGUUCAAUACUUGAACGAAAUCAAGGAUUCGGUUGUGUCCGGUUUCCAGUGGGCCUCAAGAGAAGGACCAGUUGCUGAAGAGCCAAUGAGAUCUUGCCGAUUUAACAUCAUGGAUGUUACUCUUCACGCUGAUGCCAUUCAUCGUGGUGGUGGACAACUCAUCCCAACUGCCCGUCGUGUUCUUUACGCCGCGGCUCUUAUGGCUGAGCCAGGUCUCCUUGAGCCCGUGUUCUUGUGCGAGAUUCAAGUACCUGAGUCUGCUAUGGGCGGUGUAUAUGGUGUCCUUUCCCGAAGACGUGGUCACGUUUUCUCCGAGGAGCAACGUCCAGGAACUCCUCUCUUCACUAUUAAAUCAUACCUUCCCGUCUUGGAGUCAUUCGGUUUCAACGCCGAUCUCCGAUCAAAUACUUCCGGCCAAGCCUUCCCUCAAUCCGUUUUCGAUCAUUAUCAAAUUCUUCCCGGUGGAUCACCUCUUGAUGGUACCUCGAAAGUUGGUCAAAUUGUGCAAGAGAUGCGUAAGCGUAAAGGUAUCAAGGUUGAGGUUCCAGGUGUUGAGAACUACUAUGACAAGCUAUAG